AUGGCUGAUGAACAACUUAAAUUACUUAAAAAACAACGCGGAAAUAUUAAACGUUUGUUAACAUGUUCGGAAACUGUAUUAACUUCGAUAAAUGAAACCUUAGAUUUAGAUUCACUUCAUUUAGAAGAACGUUUAAAGAAACAUACUCCUCUUUGGGAAUCAUUUGAUAAAAUUCAAUCCGAGAUUGAAACUAUUUUAGAUGAUGAGACAGAAACUGUUGGUCACGAAACAGAACGCACGUCAUUUGAAAACAGAUAUUAUGAAAUAAGCGGUUCAUUCAAUAAAUUUAUUAAAAAACAAAAGACCGCCAUAAUAAAUAAUCCCUCUCAAAUUCUUAAUGUAGUCGACGAGACAAAUUCAGAAUCUAAUCAAGAACAGAAUAGUAGUACAACAGUACCAAUUCAAUCAGCAUCCACAUCGGUAACUAAUGAAUUUCAAACAAGGUUUCCAUCACGCUUUGAGCUUCCUAAACUUCAAACUCCAACUUUUCAGGGUGGUUAUGACACAUGGUUAACAUUUCAUGAUUCAUUUAAAUCAAUGUGUCAUGACAACCCUACACUUUCAUCGAUUCAAAAAUUUCAUUACCUGAAAGCAUGUUUAAAAGAUGAAGCAGCGGAACUCAUUGCGUCCAUUGAAACCACUAGUCAAAAUUAUUUUGUCGCUUGGGAAUUAUUAAAAAAUAGAUAUGACAACAGAAAAUACAUUGUAGAGAGUCACAUAAAAGCCUUGUUUGAUAUUCAGAAUGUUUCUAAAGAAAUGUCAAUCCGUGCACUCUUAGAUAACGUUCAAAAAAGAGUUCGAGCUUUAAGAGCUUUAGAGCAGCCUGUGGAUCAGUGGGAUUCUCUGUUGAUUCACAUAGUAAAAGAAAAAUUAUAUAAUUAUACGCGCGAAAAAUGGGAAGAGUCCGUUGGCAGUACUAAACUUCCGACAUUUCCAGAGAUGAUAUCUUUUUUAGAAAGAAGGUCUUUGAUCGAAAAUUCUCAAUCAGUUCAAAAAUCAAUUCAAAAUCCUAAGGUUAAUAAUACUAAAAACAAUUCCAAUCGAUCAAAUGUUCGCGGUACAACAACUUCUUGCAUGUCUGUUACGGUUAAUUCUAACGCGACGAAAACACAAUCACAAGCUCAAUCAUGCCCUCUUUGCUCAAAAAAUCAUAUGCUUUGGCAAUGCGAUCAAUUUUUAAAUAUGUCUCCUUCACAACGCUAUGAGAAGGUAAAAACAUUAUCAAUUUGCCAUAACUGCUUUUUUAGCAACCAUCGCCUUUUAGAGUGCCGUCGAUCUUUUUGUCGUAAAUGUCAUAAGCGACACAAUACCCUUCUGCAUUUUGAUACAAACAAAUCAGAACAAGAGCAGGAAGUAAUGCCUGAAAUUAUUACAACUGCUGCUACUACAUAUCAACCUUCCAUUCAUUCACAAGUUGUGUUAGGUACAGCAAUUGUUAAAAUUUUGGACGCUUCCGGAAAUUAUAAAACAUGUCGAGCAUUUUUAGACUCAGGUUCCCAAUGUUGUUCAAUUUCAGAACGCUUUGCUGAAUCCCUCAAUCUCAAAAGGUCAAAUGUUAAUGUCAGAUUAAAAGGUGUUGAAAAUAUUCAAUCAAACAGCAAAUAUAUGACGUCAACAAAAAUUCAAUCCUUAUAUGAUAAUGAUGUCAAUCUUGAUGUAUCAUUUCUUAUAUUUCAAAAAAUUUCUUUGCCAAUGCCAGCCAUGCCAAUUGACAGAAAUUCUUUAAAUAUCCCAACACAAAUCUUUUUAGCAGAUCCUCAAUUUCAUCAACCAUCUGAAAUUGACAUUUUGAUUGGUGCUGAAUAUUUUUACAACCUCAUGAGAGCGGGAAAAAUUAAUGUUAGCGGUCAAAGGGCAAUUCUCCAAGAAACCGAUUUGGGUUGGGUAUUUUCAGGGUUAUACAACAAACCAAAUCAAGGUCAUUUAAAGUCAGGUCAUUUUUCGACAAAUGAAAUUCAAUGUAAUUUAAUUAAAUUUCAAGAAUUACCUAUUUUAUGGGAAUUAGGAAAUGAAGACACAUCUCAAAAGUUGUCAAAAGAAGAAACGGUAGUUGAAAAUCAUUAUAUUGAAACAACGACGCGAACUGAAGCAGGUAAUUAUCAGGUAACUUUACCUUUUAACGAAAAAAGGGAAUUGUUAGGAGAUUCGCGUAAUACCGCCUUUCAACGAUUUUAUGCUCUUGAAAGAAAAUUCUCUAAAAAUCCAGAGUUUCAUUCUGAAUAUUCUCAAUGCAUAGGUGUUUAUUUAGAAAAGGGUCACAUGACAUUAAUUGAUAAUAAUGAUAACUUAAAGUCGGGAUAUUUUUUACCCCACCAUGCAGUGAUAAAAGAAGAUAGCUGCACCUCCAGAACUAGAGUUGUUUUCGACGGAUCUUCUAAAACUUCAAGCAGAAUUUCAUUAAACGAUGCUCUUAGAGUUGGUCCCAGUAUUCAGAAAAAUCUUUAUUCAAUUAUCGCUCGUUUCAGGUCAUAUCCUUAUGCUCUUACAGCUGAUAUCCAACAAAUGUAUCGUCAAGUCUUGGUAUCAGAACAAGAUGAACAGUAUCAAAAAAUUCUGUGGCGAUCAAAUCCAGAAGAACCAAUCAAAAUUUAUUCGCUAAAUAGAGUCACAUUCGGCACAGCCAGUGCCCCUUAUCUCGCAAUUCGCACUCUUCACCAGCUCGCGAACGAUUAA